GACCUCAGCUGAGGCAAAUCUGAAUCGAAUAACUUAUGACAGUACCAAAAUCCGGGCCUGGGUGCUGCUGAAAUAGCAGGCUUCCCAUAUAAAAAGCAGCAAGCAAAAGUUCCUCUAGGUUUCAAAUAUGUGCUAGAGCAUGAGGAUAAUCUCUAAGGAUAUAACAGCCUCGGUUUUGUUUGUGGCAGGCAUGUAGGGAAACUGUGCCAGCACAGCGAGAGGGAGAAUCAAAGCAGAGAUUUAUGUCUGGGUGCAGACUGAAUGAAGUUUGCAACACUCUCCCUUGAACUUGAAAAUGUCAGGGAAAAAGCUCCUCUGUAGGCAGAGAUGGUGCGGUGACUUUACUUUGGGAAGAAAACCAGAGCUUUUGUGCGGCUGAAGAUCCUGAUACCCUUGGUGGAGAAGUGACUGGGGGCAGGGGGAGAAGAGCCCGCAUCCCAUCCGAUAUUGGAGAUUUGUGGCUCCCGGAGGAAAUUCAGCCCAAGGUGUCGCUGCCUUUGCCACACACAUCACGUGUGGACACACACUCAUGUGCCCUUCAGCUGAAAGUGUUUCUGUGCUGUCCCCUUCCCCCUAAAAUCUACUUUUUAAGCUGUAAAACUGUAUUAAAAUUAUAAUUGGAAAAAUGAAUAAGCUAGGAUAGGUCUUUAGGGAUUUUGCCUGUUUUAUCAGAUCAGCAGAUACAGCUGGAGCAAACAAUCUUUCAGGCAUGUGAUCUGUCUUUGGGGCUGAUCCGUAGCCUGGUUUUGGUUGUAUUUUUCCCCCAGCUGUAACUGGCAGUGUAACAAAAUGCUUUUCUCCUCCUUGAAAACCUUGCCUAGCUUCUACUCCUAGACGCCAGGGGCUGUAGCCACCCAAAUACUGCCCCAAACACAUCAGUCAGAGCUUAGGACCCAGAGACCCGUUUCAGGCUUACGGGACGUGACAGCUGACCGAAAAUCAAUGAAGUGUGCUUUACGGAGCGUCAUAAUGAUGCAAGAUGAAGCUCAAAAGGUGCCCGCUUGCCUUGCGGGCUCAAUUGUCCGCCGUGGGUUUUAACCAGAUUGUUUUAGCCCCCGACUAGGAUGAGACUGAUUUGCCUAUGAAAACAAAGGACCAUACUUAAAGGAAAAGCCACGGUGGUGCCCAUGCUUUGCCUGAUGCUCUGUGCGCUGUGUUUGACCCACUCAGGUGUGUCUGCCUUCAUUUCGGUGGCUGAGAAUGAGGACGCGCUCCUCAGGCACUUAUUUCACGGCUAUCAGAAAUGGGUCCGCCCCGUGCAAAACUCCAACGACACCAUCAAAGUCCUCUUUGGGCUAAAGAUAUCGCAGCUCGUGGAUGUGGAUGAGAAGAAUCAGCUGAUGACAACCAACGUGUGGCUGAAGCAGGAAUGGAUCGACCACAAGCUCUCCUGGAAUCCAGAGGAGUAUGGUGGGAUCACCGCCAUCCGUGUCCCCUCUGAGUCUCUGUGGCUUCCUGACAUUGUUUUGUUUGAAAAUGCUGACGGGCGUUUUGAAGGCUCCCUGAUGACCAAAGCCAUAGUGAAGUACAACGGAGUGGUGACCUGGACGCCCCCAGCCAGUUACAAGAGCUCCUGCACAAUGGAUGUGACCUUCUUCCCCUUCGACAGGCAGAACUGCUCCAUGAAGUUUGGGUCCUGGACGUACGACGGCAGCAUGGUGGACUUGAUUCUAGUGGACGAAAAUGUAGACAGGAAAGACUUCUUUGAUAAUGGGGAGUGGGAGAUCUUAAAUGCCAAAGUGAUUGAGGAAAUAAUCCCUUCUUCCUCCAAAGUCAUCCCUCUGAUUGGUGAGUAUCUGCUCUUCAUCAUGAUUUUUGUCACCCUCUCCAUCAUUGUCACCGUCUUUGUUAUCAACGUCCACCACCGCUCCUCGGCGACCUACCACCCCAUGGCUCCCUGGGUUAAAAGGCUCUUCCUCCAGAAGCUGCCGCGGCUGCUCUGCAUGAAGGGCCACGUGGAUCGUUACUCCUUCUCGGACACUGAGGAGAAGGAAGCCACCUUGAAAUCAAAGCUGCCAGGGAAGCAGAAACACAGGCAAGCAAAAGAUGGAGAGAAGAUGGUUAUUGCCUUUCUGGAGAAGGCAGCCGAUUCCAUUCGGUACAUUUCCAGGCACGUUAAAAAGGAGCACUUCAUCAGGCAGGUUGUCCAGGACUGGAAAUUUGUAGCUCAAGUCCUAGAUCGGAUCUUCCUGUGGUUGUUUCUGGUGGCGUCAGUGACAGGUUCAGUUCUCAUCUUUACCCCUGCGUUACAGAUGUGGCUGAACAACGCUCUGUAGAAAAUGCUCCCACGCUAGCAUACCGGCACAAUGCCACGGGAUGGUGGUGCCUUUGGGCUUGGUCUCUGGUGUAGAGGAUUGGUCUCUGGGAAGCAAAGGCAAGAGAGAGAGAAGGUGAUGGUAACGGGCACUGACUGAUGCUUUCUAUCUUCGUGCAGCUGUAAUGGUUACAGUCUUGGCUGAGAUCAGAGAAGGGCUUGGUGAGCAGCUGGAUACUAAAGUGAAUCGGUGUUGCAGAACUGGGUUAUAAGCAUUUUAGUAGUAGCUUGGUUAUGUUAUAAUCAUGAGCCAAGAAUAUUAGUUAGAAUUGAAAAUAGUGCUUCUGGCACAACUAUGCUUUGCAGGCAGUUGUUCCAGUUAAAAUAUGACUUCAUAAAAUUGUUGUAGGAACACUAGUCAGUACUCAGUCUAUCUACAUUUCCAAGUUAAAACCACAAAGUCCCUACGGAUUGCCUCCUGUACAUGUUGGAAAUGGCAAUCACAAAGCAUGUGUGUUAGAAAAACUAUAAAUACCUUUUAGAUGGGAUAUUCAAGACCUUGACACUGUGGCCCUACCUUGCUUCAGGAUCAGCUCAACCCUGGGAGAACUUACAGCUCUGCCCACUUGCCACCAGUCUUUAUAUCAUGCACACUUUACCUCUCCUCUUGUCCAUAAGGAAUUUAAGUAUUAAGUAUUCACAUUUUUUUCUGAUGCUCUCUAAUAUUCCAAAAGGCUGAACAAGUAAUGAUUUUCCCCAUGCUUCACAUUUGGAAACUAUGAUUCCUGCACCUGCAGGUUCACAGGACUGGAAGUGGCAGAUCAUCAGAAGUAUAUCACAUAGAGGAAAGUGACCGUGCUACUCCACAUGGCAACAGUGAUCUUCCUAAAUAAUUUUGUUGGAGGGGAUCUUUGUCACUGUGUGAUCAUUUGUGGCAAAUGAAGCUUGUGGCUGGUGCAGAAGAGGAGUUUCUCCUGAGAGCUGUGGGGUUGGGAGGGUACCAGAAAGGUACAUCUUUGGGUGUUGGCUUGUCCAUGUUUCUCAGCCAGUUCAGAAUUUCAUUCCUCUGAAGCAUUUAAAAGGGAUUUUUCUGCUUUAUUAGAAACAGCUCUCCAAAGUGUAAAUAAGACAUGACAGAAAAUGCACAUGUGAGGCUCUCACCACUUUCCCUGGGGCAGAGCUGUGCCAUCGUAGAGUCCUUUAGAAAAUCCCUCUCAGAACUUGCAGGUGUUUUCAAGGCUAACAAGGGGUUUGGAGAUUUGUUUCUCAAGAAUAUGAAUGCGAGUCUGUUGCUAAAGCUUUAGCUGUCCCUGAAACUUUCUCUCUAAGGGUGGAGGUUAGAAGGUGCUAAAAAUAUACAAGGAUGUUCUCGUGCUUGGAUUACAUGUGCUCACCAGACCUCUGUGAGCUAAAAUCAUCCCAGCUUGUUUUGCCACUGCAGAAAGCCUUGUUUACCUGUGCAAACAUCAUUAAUAAAGCUGUGUUCAGUAAAUGA